UCUGCCCAACUACAAUACAAGUACAGUGUCUUGUCUGUUUAUAUGGUGUAAAAACACACACGCUCACUGCUGGACUACCUAUUGACAUAUGGCGUGUGACUGAACUGGACAUAGGGAUUAGUCAUUGAUUAAUUGACAGGCUCUAAUUAAGCUUCUGACUGUGGAAUGCCUGCUAAGGUGUCAGUAGUUUGUAGAGUGCUGGUGUAGGAAUGUCAUAAAUGGUGUUACAUGGAAGGAAUGAGGAAGGAUGGGUCGGAUGAAAUUUCAGUCUCAAGCUCCCAGGUGGAGAACAGUAGAACUUCAGCCCCCCUCAGGCAGAACAGUUCACAUAAAUCCACCGCCUCCAGUAAAAAGGCACGUAAAGCUCGGAAGCCCCGCCGCACUGACUGGGAGAUUCUGGAGGGACUGAAAGAUGGGGUGAGGUGUGAGAAGAAGCCAGAUAAGUUCAGUGGUUUUCUGAUGAAGCGGCGCAGGUGGCCACUCAAGGGAUGGCAUAAGAGAUUUUUCUUGGUUGAGAAAGGAAUAGUAUACUAUGCCAAGUCCCCAGCUGAUAUACAGAAGGGAAAAUAUCAUGGAGUUAUUGACACAGGCCUGGCUGUGGUCUCGUACAAAAAGCCUCGGCGGAUUGAUAUUGAUGCUGAAGAUAUUGUCUAUCAUCUCAAAAUGAAGGACAAGAAGAUGUUUGAUGAAUGGCUGAACGUGUUCAGACAUCACAGGUUGUACCGCCAGCACGAGAUCGCAUAUGGUACCAACGAGUCACCAAAAUUAACAGGCAUAACCUCCCCAGUUGAGGAUCUGACCAGUCCAUUUUCUCCAGUAGGUAUAGGUUUGCCCGAGGCCCUGAAGAGAGAGACCCAGCUAAUGGGCUCCAAUGACAUGAUCCCCGUAAUGAGAAAAUCCAGCUUUAAGAGCCAGAGCUCCUCCCAAGGACGUGUGGCAACAUGGCUGCUGGACACAGCAGGGUUUGAGCACUGUAAUAAAGAAAUGAAGAAUACUCAGAAACUUCUAUGUGAUCUCAGGGAGGACUUGGAUCAGAUAAAGAAUCUACCACUGACCUCAGACCACGAGGUUAAAGAAGCUGAGAAUGUGGAAAAGAAGAAAGUGAAGGCCUUGGGACUGAAGAGUUCCAGGAAAAGAGAUAAAAAGAGUGAUACUUCAGUCAACUAUGAUGCCAGUCCAACCACUGCCACGUCCCCAUCCCCCAGUAUAGGGGAGGUACAAAUGAGGAGCAGCAGCUCUAACCCUAACCUGAUACAGUACGCCCACGAUCACGCCAACAGACCGCGAAGUGUGCCAGAUCACGUAACAAUGGCGGGGGCACACGAACAACAGAUCAAGGAGAUCAAACUGAGGGAGGACUUCUGUACAAAGGCUGAAAGAGCUCACAAGAAUCUGAAAUCACUUCUACACACAAUGACGACAGAGAGGGAGAGGUUAAAGAAUGCCUUAGAAAUGGACAGUGAUCUGGCCAUGCCUUCCAGUGCAGUAGUACUACUGAAGCGAAAUCUCCAUGAGGCUCUGAGGCAGAAUGCUGAUCUUAAGGCCAGGUUGAGCAGAAUUCAUGCAGAUUCAUUAAUUCCAUCUUACCCUGAUCUCAAGCAGACGCCUGCCUCUCCAAUACUCUCUCCUCACGAGAACAGAGAUCACCUGGACCUGACCAAGUCUUCGUCGUUUGACACCUGCUCUAUGUCGGAGUACUAUGAUGCCGAGGAAGAGAACCGAGAAUCACAGUCUGAGGAGUCCUCAUCAGAGAGAUCAGAUGAAGAAGAUAUGUCCAGUGAGGAAAAUGAUACAGAAUACAAUGCAGCACAGAGUGUUUCUGAAGACCAGCUGUCUGUCUCGUUUGAAACGGGUCGACGUUCCAAACUUCCCGUUCCAAAGCCAGACGCAGGAGACAUCAGUUUGUGGAACAUCCUGUAUAAGAACAUUGGGAAGGACCUCACCAAAAUAUCAAUGCCGGUUACUCUUAACGAGCCACUUAGUAUGCUGCAGAGGUUGUGUGAGGAGAUGGAGUACAGUGAACUGCUGGACAGGGCUACAGAAAAGGAGGACCCAUACCAGAGAAUGAUCUGUAUAGCUGCCUUUGCUGUCAGUGGCUAUGCUAGCUCUGGAUACAGGGCAGGUCACAAGCCAUUCAACCCAUUACUAGGGGAAACAUAUGAGUUAGUCAGGGAUGACAAGGGCUGGAAGUUUGUGGCUGAACAGGUCAGUCAUCACCCUCCUGUGUCGGCUUGUCACUGUGAAUCAAAGAAUUUUACCCUCUGGCAAGACACAAGAAUAAGGACCAAAUUCUGGGGGAAAUCAAUGGAAUUCCAGCCUAUUGGACACGUGAAUGUCUACCUACCCAAAUAUAAGGAGCAUUAUCAUUGGAACAAAGUGACGACAUGUGUACACAAUCUCCUGGGAGGUCAGCGCUGGGUGGAUCAGUAUGGGGAAAUGCAGAUCAAGAAUGGAGGGAUUACCUGUAAACUCACAUUUAAAAAGGCUUCACAGUUUUCCUCUAGGAGACAUGAGGUAUAUGGUCAGAUACUGAAUUCUGAAGGAAAGGUUGUUCACAAUUUAUUUGGGAAGUGGAAUGAGGCCCUGUAUUAUGGUCACGCCCCCUCGUCCCGCUGUGUAUGGAGGCCAGGGGCCAUGCCAGAUGAUUAUGAGUUGUACUAUGGGUUUACACGAUUUGCAAUAGAACUCAAUGAGUUGAAUAAGGAUGAAGCCAAAUUCCUGCCAGUCACAGACACAAGAUUCAGGCCGGACCAAAGAUUACUUGAGGAGGGUGACAUUAAAGGAUCUGAAGAAGAGAAGAAGCGAGUAGAACAGCUGCAGAGGGAUAACCGAAAACUUAGGGAGGAGCAAAGGAUCCAGUAUGUUCCCCGCUGGUUUAGCAAAAUUGAUGACAGCAAAGAUAGUGAUUGUUAUGAAUUCAAUUGUAAAUACUGGGAAAUGAAGAGGGAUCCAGGAUUUGACAAACUGUCCUUACCAAGGCUCUGGUGAUUAAUCGACUCUGGACUGACUUACAUAAUGAAGAAAUUUGUUGUUUAUAGAAGGAGUUUACAUGUCUUUGGAUUUCUUUUCAUCAGUUUUUCUUGUGAGGAACACUUUCAUGGGCAUUUCAAAUAACAGUUUAGACUUUUUACAAAGAGUCAGAAUCUCGAGUGACCCCCCAUUUUGUUUUUCUUACCUUUUUUUAAAUUGAAUAUGAUCAGUAAAAUAUACAAAGGUGUAAAUUUGAAUUGUAACUUAUUAGUUAUCUUGAAUGAAGAUUAUCUUUAGAUAAUUUAUGCUGUAACUAGAAUUUUUAAAAGUUACAUAUCAUUUGACUGGAUUGAUUCCCUUCGUUAUUCUUACCAGAACAUAUAAUUUAUUGUUAUUUUGUAUUUUGUUAUCUGUAAGAGGAGAAUACCAUUGUGAAUUGUUAGUUAUUUACACUGGUGUUAUUCUCAUGUUAUUUACAUUAUGUUAUUUCACUGUUAUGCAUUUUAGCAUAAUGAUGAACAUACAUUUAAAGCAAUGAUUAAAAAUGGAUGCUACUUUGAAAAAUUAUUAUUAUGUAUAUAUAAGAUAGAGCUGUAAAGUAGUAAUGAUUGUGCAAUAUACAAAGUCUAUUUCAUCAGAUGUAUUUUUAGCACUAUUGUGUUCGUAUUUUUUUGUUUAUUUUAGCACACUGAAACCAUCUGUGAUAUUAAGCACGUUAGAACAGAGGGCAGAGCUUGAAAGUGUAAUAUGCACAAGUUUGUAGAACAUUCCAAAAAAUUUUUCUUCACUUAAUUCUGAUUGGUUUUUAGUUUCUUAUAAACUCACGCUGUGUUUACAUUUUUGCAUAUCUUACUCCUAUAAGAGAUGUGUCUGAAAUGUGGGCUUUGUCUACAUUCAUGACGACAUGUCCUAUCUGUAAUUGAGUUACAUGAAAGGUCGCAAUGAUGUUUGUGCAAUCCUGCUUAGAUGAAGGAUACUUAACAACACUAGUACUUGUAUUAUUGUAAUACUUUUUGUUUUCAAUGAAAUACUACCAACCUCAAUUGUUAAAAGAGAAAAAAUCCUUCACUAUACAGAUGAAAUUUUUUUUUUAAGAACUCCUAAACUUUAAGUUUCAAGGCCAUCAAAUCUUCAGAUGUUUAUAUAUACCAUCAAAGCAAUUUAAAUGGUUGAAUUUUUCCCAUAUUUGUGUAGUAAUUAACAGAAAAUAUGAAUUCAUGUAUAUUAAGUACAAAUUUACCAAAGGUACAUGGUAUAGGAACAAAACUACCGGUACACAAUUUGCCAAAAAAUUGAAUUAUCCAUCAGUCCUAUUGAUUUAACAAAUUCUUUUUCAUCUGUCUCAUUUCUAAAGUGACAUGGUUCUUAGUUAUACAUACACAUGUAUUUGAUGUGAUGUCAGUUGAAAAUGUAGUAAAGAUUUAAAUUUUUUAAAAACUGUGACUUUCUUUCGCAUGUAUGUCAGGGAACCCUGCAUUACAUGAUAUUUGAUAUACUUGCAGAAUGUUAAUGCUUAAUUUUGGUACAUAGAUUGGUAGAGAAAAUCACUAGGAACAUGUCUAAGUUAACUCAUACUUGGUAUCAGUUUAUUUGGCAGUUUUUCUAGAUCUCUCAUAAAGGUCCCCCCUCCCCAUCCCCCUGUAAACACUAUUUUAUGCCUGGGUCAAUAUACAUGGUGUUGCAGGAUUACUUUAAUGGUUAAUUAUUAUGUGUGGAAAUGUAGCUUAGUUUUUCAUUAGUGCCUGAAUUGUUAAUUUAUUAACAAACAAUAAUGUUUUAUGACCUCAAGAAAGUUGUGGAAUAAGCUAUGUUUAUCAUUUUCUGAAAUUUGUCAAAUUCAAGCAAUUAAUGGUAGUAUAAUGUGAAGUUUUAUUCUUUAAUAGAAAUUAUAAUGUCAUUAUGUAUCAAAAUCUGCAGAAUGUUGAAGUUCUUCAGCACAUUAGUUCAAUUACAAACUUUCGAAGUUCUUCAGCACAACAGUUUCGAUUACAAACUUUCUGAGCAAUGUUCAUGAAAAAUAGUUAAUUCACAAACAAUUAGAUUGUUAGUUAGCACAGAAUGAACAAAAUUGUGAACAUUUAAUAUUUGUUCACCAUUGGGGAUGUACAGACAUACCUUUAGACUGAUAUUUUAGUGUAAGCAUUACCUGUAUAAUUUUAUACAUGUUUUGUGUAUUGUUAUUUAAAUGAAGUACUUGUAGUUUGUCAGGAUAUAAUUUUUGCUUAAAAACCAAAGAUUUUUUUGUCGUAAAAUGUUGAACUUGUUAAAAUAUACAUAUGUAUUUUUUUCUCGAAAGACAUGUACAUGUACUUUACAGGGAAAUUUCCACCACUACAGUGUAUUAUAUUUUGAUCCUAGACACAAGUGGGUGAAUUUAAGAUGGGGAAAAUUCAAAGAAAACAAUUUAAUUUUUUAGAACUGUGACUUCCAGUAAAUUUAAAAUGGGGCAAAAUUUUUUGCAAAUGUGAAUGAGCAAAAAUAUUGGUAGUUCAACAGUAAUGAAAUGUUUAGUUUGAUGAUAAAGUUUCUUGACACACCAAGUAUAUGAACAAACAAUGAAAAACUUCUAUUAAAAGAUUAUUGUAGCAAUUGAGAAUAUAUUACUUACAUGUAAAUGUUAAGUUUUUAAAUACCGGGUAGUUGAAAAUCCAUUUUUGUGGGAUUGUAAGAAUUGAUAUAUGAACCUUUGUCAUUACAGGUGCCGUUAUGAUGUGAUUUAAUUUAAAUUUAUGUGAUUUGAAGUUAUGAGAGAGUUUGCACAUUAUAAAAACAUAUUGCCUCAACAUUGCAUGCUUUUGUUUGAAAAUGCCACUAUUGAAUUAAAGUUAUGCUUUUACAA